GGUAGGUUGGAUUAUGAUGUCAGAUGUUCUUCAGAUUCUACUGAAUGUAUAUUCCAUAGAACCCUGCCUCCUGACACAAUAUCCUGUAUCUGCCAUAGAGCCCAAUGCUGCUUAUCACUAACAAUGAACAUAAUAAUUUGAUCAGAGAUAGGACAAUAACAAAACAACAUUAUUUAUGAAGUUAACCAGAUCUCAUUGGUGCCCACAGUCCCUACAUGAGGGAGGCUUGAGUGACAGGAGAAAUCUGAUUGGGCCUGUUUGUUCUGUAUAUAGUGAUGUAGUCUACCACACAGAACUCACCUCUCUGUUUUACACCAUAGGAUCAGGUUUGUACUAUUUACAACAAGAGACUCGGGAGGACAAGCUGAAGAGGGAGGCAUCAGCUGGUGAGCUUGAGUUGAAGAUGGAAAAAGAAUUAAAAGAGAAAUUAAGACAGGAGAUGAUGAAACAACUAGAGGAGAAAGACACACAACUGGAUGAUAUGACCCAGGAAGUGAGAGAGAAAGAGAGACUCCUGGAGGAGAAGAACCAGAUAAUGGGACAGAGGGAGAAACUAUUAGAAGAGAAAGAAAACCAACUGGAAGAGAAAGACAAGCAACUAAAGGAUAGAGACAUUCAACUAGAGGCACUGAGAAAGAACCUGCAGGACAAGAACAGCCAAGUAGAGAACUUCAGAGUCCUACUGCAGGAAAAAGACCUUCAACUAGAGGACAGGAACCACAGAUUUGGAGAGAAGGACAAACUACUGGAAGAGAGAGAGAAACUACUGGAAGAGAAAGACAACGUACUGGAAGAGAAAGAGAACCAACUAAAGGAAAGAGACCUUCAACUAGAGGACAGAAACUAUAGACUGGGGGAGAAGGACAGACUACUGGAAGAGAGAGAGAAAGUACUGGAAGAGAGAGAUAAACUACUGGAAGAGAGAGACAAACUACUGGAAGAGAGAGACAAACUACUGGAAGAAAGAGACAAGGUGCUGGAGAGAAAAGAAAAUGAACUAAAAGAGAGUAGACAGGAAGUAGAAGAGAAAGAUAACCUACUAGAGGAGAGAGAGAAGCAGUUAAAGGAAAGAGACAAACAGCUGGAGGAUGUCAACAAUGAAAAUGCUGAACUGGCUCAACAGAUAUGUGAUGUGAAGACUGAGGUAGAGAGACUGAGAAGAGAGAUCUCAGCCCAGAUGACUGAACCUGGAGAGACGUCAGAUACAGGUUCCAUACUCCCAGUCAGGAGGAGACACAGCAUGGAUGAUCCUCCAGACAUGGGAGGAGAGACCUCAGAUACAGACCCCACACCUCCACCGAGGAGGACAAACAGCAUGAUGUUACCUCCAACAUCUAUGGGAGGAGAGAGCAGCAGUCCAGACUCCCCAGUGUCUCCCAGUGUGUCUGAGCUGAGACUGGUGCUGCUGGGGAGGACUGGGGCUGGGAGGAGUGCAGCAGGAAACACCAUCCUGGGCAGAGAGGAGUUUGGGGCCCAGGCCAGCCCCUCUGCAGUGACCCAGAGGAGUAAGAGGAGAGAGGGGGACGUGUGUGGGAGACGGCUGGUGCUGGUGGACACUCCAGACUGGUUCUGUCCUGGACUCUCUCUGGAGGAGAUGAGACAGGAUGUGGGGCUCUGUGUCCGUCUGUCUGCCCCGGGACCCCACGCCUUCCUCCUGGUCAUACCAGUGGAGCCCUCUAAGGGGGAGGAGAGAGGGGUGCUGGAGAGAAUAGAGGAGGUGUUUGGGGAGGGUUGUUGGGAACACACUGUGAUUCUAUUUACUCAUGAUGAUGGCCUGAAAGAGCAGAGCAUUGAGGAGUUUCUCCAAGCAGGAAGUCAGGACCUCCAGCAGCUUGUAGAGAAAAGUGGGAGCAGGUACCACGUCCUCAACAUUAAGGACAGGGCCCAUGGCACUCAGGUAUCAGAGCUGCUGGAUCAGGUGGAGGAGAUGGUGGCAGGAAACAGAGAGAGAUUCUACAGCAGUCAGACCUACCAGGAGGCAGAGACCCAGGUUAGAGAAAUGGAGGGAAAGAUCCAAAGAGAGAGAGGAGAGAGGAAACAGAGGGAGGAGAGAGACUUGAGAGAGAGGCUUCAGAAGGAGUUGCAGGACUCUCUGAUAAAGAUAGAGGGAGUGAUCCAGGAACAUGAGGGAGAUAUCAGAACACUCAGUGAAAGAACCAGUGAACUGGAGAGACAGGUGAAAGAAGAGAGGGAUGAGGAGAAGAAAAUAGAACUGGAGAGGGAGCUGAAGAGGGAGUCUGAUAGGAGGGAGGAGAUGGAGAGAAAGCUGGAGAGAUUGAGAGAGAAGACAGAGAAUGAGAGGAGGGAGAUGGAGGAGAGACACAAACAGGAGAUAGAGGAGAUGAUGGAGAACUAUGAAGGAGAGGCCAGAGUUGAAGCAGAGAGAAACAUGAUGAAGAUAGUCCUACCUGAGUUACAGAGGAACAUGAUGAUCUCACAGACAAAGAUGCAGAGGGAGUUCAGCAGACAGAUGGAGGAGAAGGAUAGACAGAUGAAGGAGAAGGAUAGAGCGAUUGUGGAAAGGGAUGGAGAGAUACAGGGACUGAUAGAUAGACUGUGGGAGAUGUGCAAAUGAGUUAUUGUAACUAGCCUGAAGAAGUGCUUGGAUACAUGGAGAGGUAGAAGAAGGGAGAAGAAGAAGACAGGGAGAACUGAUGGAGAUCUGAGGAAUGUCUGGGUAGAUGUAACCUAGUUCAUCAUUUCACUGAAUUAGCCUGACAACGAGGUUAGAGAUGAGAUGACUUGUUCAUGGAGGGAUUGGAGAAGUUAGAGAUAAUCACAUGAUAUUUAUCUGACAAUGUAAGAACAACGUGAUAGUCUGUCCUGUGAUGAGUGUCAUGGUGGGAAAACAGGUCAGAAUACUGUCUGAUCCUGUCUAGAACAACGUGAUAGUCUGUCCUGUGAUGAGUGUCAUGGUGGGAAAACAGGUCAGAAUACUGUCUGAUCCUGUCUAGAACAACGUGAUAGUCUGUCCUGUGAUGAGUGUCAUGGUGGGAAAACAGGUCAGAAUACUGUCUGAUCCUGUCUAGAACAAUGUGAUAGUCUGUCCUGUGAUGAGUGUCAUGGUGGGAAAACAGGUCAGAAUACUGUCUGAUCCUGUCUAGAACAACGUGAUAGUCUGUGCUGUGAUGAGUGUCAUGGUGGGAAAACAGGUCAGAAUACUGUCUGAUCCUGUCUAGAACAACGUGAUAGUCUGUGCUGUGAUGAGUGUCAUGGUGGGAAAACAGGUCAGAAUACUGUCUGAUCCUGUCUAGAACAACGUGAUAGUCUGUGCUGUGAUGAGUGUCAUGGUGGGAAAACAGGUCAGAAUACUGUCUGAUCCUGUCUAGAACAACGUGGUAGUCUGUCCUGUGAUGAGUGUCAUGGUGGGAAAACAGGUCAGAAUACUGUCUGAUCCUGUCUAGAACAACGUGAUAGUCUGUCCUGUGAUGAGUGUCAUGGUGGGAAAACAGGUCAGAAUACUGUCUGAUCCUGUCUAGAACAACGUGAUAGUCUGUCCUGUGAUGAGUGUCAUGGUGGGAAAACAGGUCAGAAUACUGUCUGGUCCUGUCAACAACGUGAUAGUCUGUGCUGUGAUGAGUGUCAUGGUGGGAAAACAGGUCAGAAUACUGUCUGAUCCUGUCUAGAACAACGUGAUAGUCUGUCCUGUGAUGAGUGUCAUGGUGGGAAAACAGGUCAGAAUACUGUCUGAUCCUGUCUAGAACAACGUGAUAGUCUGUCCUGUGAUGAGUGUCAUGGUGGGAAAACAGGUCAGAAUACUGUCUGAUCCUGUCUAGAACAACGUGAUAGUCUGUCCUGUGAUGAGUGUCAUGGUGGGAAAACAGGUCAGAAUACUGUCUGAUCCUGUCAACAACGUGAUAGUCUGUCCUGUGAUGAGUGUCAUGGUGGUAAAACAGGUCAGAAUACUGUCUGGUCCUGUCAACAACGUGAUAGUCUGUCCUGUGAUGAGUGUCAUGGUGGUAAAACAGGUCAGAAUACUGUCUGAUCCUGUCAACAACGUGAUAGUCUGUCCUGUGAUGAGUGUCAUGGUGGGAAAACAGGUCAGAAUACUGUCUGAUCCUGUCUAGAACAACGUGAUAGUCUGUCCUGUGAUGAGUGUCAUGGUGGGAAAACAGGUCAGAAUACUGUCUGAUCCUGUCUAGAACAACGUGAUGUCUAGGUCAAAUUCGGUUCAAUUCAAAUUCUAGGCCUCUCUACUGUAUAUAGCCUCACGACUGUAUAUAGCUUCUCUACUGUUAUAGCCUCUCUACUGUAAAUAGCCUCUCUACUGUAUAUAGCCUCUCUACUGUAUAUAGCCUCUCUACUGUUAUAGCCUCUCUACUGUAUAUAGCCUCUACUGUAUAUAGCCUCUCUACUGUAUAUAGCCUCACUACUGUAUAUAGCCUCUCUACUGUAUAUAGCCUCUCUACUGUUAUAGCCUCUCUACUGUAAAUAGCCUCUCUACUGUAUAUAGCCUCUCUACUGUAUAUAGCCUCUCUACUGUAUAUAGCCUCUCUACUGUAUAUAGCCUCUCUACUGUAUAUAGCCUCUCUACUGUAUAUAGCUUCUCUACUGUUAUAGCCUCUCUACUGUAAAUAGCCUCUCUACUGUAUAUAGCCUCUCUACUGUAUAUAGCCUCUCUACUGUAUAUAGCCUCUCUACUGUUAUAGCCUCUCUACUGUAUAUAGCCUCUACUGUAUAUAGCCUCUCUACUGUAUAUAGCCUCACUACUGUAUAUAGCCUCUACUGUAUAUAGCCUCUCUACUGUAUAUAGCCUCUCUACUGUUAUAGCCUCUCUACUGUAAAUAGCCUCUCUACUGUAUAUAGCCUCUCUACUGUAUAUAGCCUCUCUACUGUUAUAGCCUCUCUACUGUAUAUAGCCUCUCUACUGUAUAUAGCCUCACUACUGUAUAUAGCCUCUCUACUGUAUAUAGCCUCUCUACUGUAUAUAGCCUCUCUACUGUAUAUAGCCUCUCUACUGUAUAUAGCCCCGCUACUGUAUAUAGCCUCACUACUGUAUAUAGCCUCUCUACUGUAUGUAGCCUCACUACUGUAUAUAGCCUCUCUACUGUAUAUAGCCCCGCUACUGUAUAUAGCCUCACUACUGUAUAUAGCCUCACUACUGUAUAUAGCCUCUCUACUGUAUAUAGCCUCUCUACUGUAUAAAGCCUCUCUACUGUAUAUAGCCUCUCUACUGUAUAUAUCCUCUCUACUGUUAUUUUCACUGUCUUUUCUACUGUUGUUUUUAAUUUCUUUACUUACCUAUUGUUCACCUAAUACCAUUUUUUAACUUAGAAAUUGCACUGUUGGUUAGAGCCUGUAAGUAAGCAUUUCACUGUAAGGUCUGUUGUAUUCGGCGCACGUGACAAAUAAACUUUGAUUUGAUUUGA